AAAGAGGAGGAGGGUGGGUACCUCAUCCCGGUUCCCUGCCCUCCGGUGAUGUGCCUCCCUCUCGGAUGACGUCACGCUGGGGUGUGUGGGAGGAGCUCCAGCGUCCCGCAGCCUACCUUGGUGGAUCCAGUGGGGACUGAGUUCCGCGUGGAGAUACUCUGGAAGACUCGGGAAAACUUUUGUUUUCUUGGGGGGGGGGAGGAGGACUUCAAUUCCCAUGACAUUUACCAGGGGCCCUACAGAGAGGCUUUGAGGAAUCGUGCCAUGUUCAAGGCAGUGCUGAAGAAGAGCAGAGAUGGCGGCAAAGGGAGCAAGAAGGAUUCAGCAGGUGAUGUCCACAGCCACAGCGCCCAACGGAGGCCCCCCCCCGAGGGGAGCGCCCUCCUCCAGGGGCCCGGCAGCGGGGCGCCUCGUGUCCCGGAGGACGUCUUCAGAUUGAGCCUGACCAAGGGCGUGUCCAUGUCGCUUCCAUCCUCGCCGCUCCUUCCGCGACAGUCCUACAUGAUGCCGUUACGUCCCAGCAAGAGGUCACCAGGUCCAAUCAGGAAGCCCAAAUAUGUGGAGAGUCCUCGUGUUCCGUCUGAUGCCAUCGUUUCAGCACUGAGGAACGUGGCCGAUAACAAGGAGUCUUCACACAACGAGCUGCAAGCAGAGAAACAACCAAGCUCCUCCUCCCCCGCCACUCAGGAACUGAUGACAAGGCUGGGCUUUUUACUAGGAGAAGGGAUCCCGGGUACGGCACGCAUACCUAUGGACGACAAGAUUGAAAAGAAGUGUUCUGUGAUUAGCCAGGGUAUCAGCCCCUGCUCUACACUGACCAGCAGCACCACGUCCCCCUGCACUGACAGCCCAUGUUCAACACUCAACAGCACGGCCGGUCGCCCCCCUCUCAGCCGAUCCAGCCCCUGUGGGACCAUCACCAGCCCCAGCUCCACACUCGAGAGCAAAGACAGCGGGAUUAUUGCCACCGUCACCAGCUCCUCUGAGAACGAUGACCGCAGCGGCUCCAGCCUGGAGUGGAGUAAGGAUGGCAGCCUGAGAGCCAGCGGGCGCCAUGGCCUGGCACAGAGUGCGCGGGCCGACACCUGCUCUCCCGUUGCCGAAGAAGACUCCAACAGCGCCGCCGCAGCACCGGCCGACACCCCGUCCAGGACCGACCAGCAGCAGCAGCAGCAGUCCGGCGCAUCCGCGGGGGAACCGCAGCCUCAAGGUUACUCCCCCGAGGGCCCCUUUCCGUACUCGUCACAGAUGUCUUCUUCCCUCAUGAUGCCGAGGCCCAACUCUGUAGCAGCGACCAGUUCCACAAAGCUGGAAGACCUGAGCUUUCUCGAUGAACAGCGCAACACCCCCCUGCGGACAUCCAUCCGCCUGCCGUGGCAUAACACCGGAGGGAGGCCGCCUCAGGACUCUAAAGCUCGUUUUGCUCCCUACAAACCCGUGGACAUCAUGCUCAAGCCCUUGCUGUUCGAGGUGCCCAGCAUCACCACAGACUCUGUGUUCGUGGGCCGAGAUUGGCUCUUUCAGCAGCUGGAAGAUGUCCUGAAGGCCGGCGAGUCCGCAGAGAACCACGGCGCCGUGGUGGUGGGCAGCGUGGGCUUCGGGAAGACGGCCAUUGUCUCCCGGCUAGUGGCACUGAGCUGCCACGGGGGAAGAAUGCGGCAGAUAGCCUCCAACAGUCCUCGUGCCUCCCCGAAAGGUGUCGGGGGACCGAGUGCAGAACUCCCCCUCAGCCAGCCCCCGCAACCCACUCCACCGUCCAGUGCUACCAACACGCUGAGGACCAACAGCUGCCCGGGAACCCCCGAGAUGCAGCGGCGGAGGGACGGGGCUGUCAAGCGCUUGGCCGCAAAGGUGGUGGCCUAUCACUACUGCCAGGCGGAUAACACCUACACAUGCCUAGUACCAGAGUUUGUGCACAGUAUCGCUGCCCUGCUGUGCAGAGCGCACCAGCUCAGCGCGUACCGGGAGAUGCUGCUGAAAGAGCCCCACCUCCAGAGCAUGCUCAGUCUGCGCUCCUGUGUGCAGGACCCCCUGGCCGCUUUCCGCAGGGGGGUCCUGGAGCCACUAACGAGCCUUCGUAAAGAGCGGAGGAUUCCAGAGGAGGAUCACCUCAUCUUGAUAGAUGGGCUGAACGAAGCAGAGUUCCAUAAGCCUGACUACGGAGACACCAUUGCUUCCUUCGUAACAAAGAUCAUUGCCAAGUUCCCCUCCUGGCUUAAGCUUGUGGUCACUGUCAGGGUCAAUUUACUGGAGAUCACGAGCCUUCUGCCCUUCUCCAAGAUCUCCCUCGACGACUUCUCCGACAACCCGGAGAUCAGCAACGACCUCAACGCGUACAUCCAGUACCGCAUCAACGGCAGCAAGGAGAUCAUGAACAACAUCAGCCUGAACGGCAAGGCCGACCCGGUCACGGUCGGGAAGCUCAGCAGCCACCUGAUCUCCCGCAGCCAGGGCUCCUACCUGUAUCUCAAGCUCACCCUGGAUCUGUUCGAGAGAGGUCACCUGGUGAUCAAGAGCGCCAGCUACAAAGUGGUGCCCGUCUCGCUGGCCGAGCUCUACCAGCUGCAGUGCAACAUGAAGUUCAUGACCAACUCGGCCUUCGAGCGCUCGCUGCCCAUCUUCAACGUGGCGCUGGCGUCGCUGCACCCGAUGACCGACGACCAGCUGUUCCAGGCCGUCAACGCCGUCUUCGUGCGGGGGGAGCUGCCGUGGGAGGACUUCCAGCAACGCAUGGAGUUGCUCUCGUGCUUCCUCAUCAGACGGCGGGACAAGACGCGCAUGUUUUGCCACCCGUCCUUCAGGGAGUGGCUGGUGUGGAGGGCGGACGGAGAGAGCACCGACUUCCUGUGUGACCCCAGGACUGGUCACGCUCUAAUGGCUUUCAUGCUUUCCCGCCAAGAGGGGAAGCUUAAUCGCCAGCAGACGAUGGAGCUGGGACACCACAUCCUCAAAGCACACAUCUUCAAGGGCCUGAGUAAGAGAACGGGUGUGUCAUCCAGUGUGCUGCAGGCAUUGUGGAUCAGCUGCAGCGCUGACGGCCUCUCUGCAGCUUUGGCCUCCCUGAGGAAUCUCUACACGCCCAACGUCAAGGUGAGCCGUCUGCUGAUGCUCGGCGGGGCAAACGUGAAUUACCGCACGGAGGUCCUGAACAACGCGCCGGUGCUCUGCGUCCAGUGCCACCUCGGCCACCAGGAGAUCGCCUUCCUGCUGCUGGAGUUCGGGGCCAGCGUCGACGUGGUUUCCGAAAACGGCAUGAACCCCCUCUGCUUCUCGGCCGCAGCCGGCCACCUGGGAAUAGUCAUGUUGCUCUGCAAGAGGGGCAGCAAGGUUGAUCAUGUAGAUAAGAGUGGCCAGUGUGCACUGGUCCACGCUGCUCUCCGAGGACACCCAGAGAUUAUCCAGUACCUGCUGGAGCUGGAAUGGAGCGGUGAGGGGCAGCAGGAGGACUGUGCUCUGAAGAACAAAGCUCUGCAGCAGGCUUUGAUAGCGGCAUCCAGCAUGGGACACACGCAGGUUGCAAGAGGCCUGCUGGCGUUGACUAAUGAGCAUGCUGUGCAAAUUGAUAGCCAUGACACUCUGUGGGGAGAGACAGCCCUGACGGCGGCAGCCGGCCGCGGGAAGACGGAGGUCUGCGGCUUCCUGUUGGAGCAGGGCGCGGUGGUGCAGCAGGUCAACCGGAGGGGGGUGUCUCCACUCUUCUGCGCCGUCAGACAGGGACACUGGCAGAUCGCCGAGCUGCUGUUGGAGCACGGCGCUGAUAUUAACAUCAGCGACAAGCAGGGCAGGACCCUGCUGAUGGUGGCCGCCUGCGAGGGUCACCUGAGCACCGUCGAGUCUCUGCUGUCCAAAGGUGCAUCUCUGACUUCGAUGGACAAGGAGGGACUGACCCCGCUGAGAUGGGCGUGCUUAAAAGGACACAAGAGCGUCGUGCAGUAUUUGGCGGAGAAAGGCGCCGUCGUCGACCACACGGACAAAAACGGACGAACUCCGCUGGACCUCGCCGCCUUCUACGGAGAUGCAGAGAUUGUCCAGUAUUUGGUGGAGCGGGGCGCGGUGAUCGAGCAUGUAGACUACAGCGGGAUGAGGCCUCUGGACAGAGCCAUCGGCUGUAGGAACACGUCGGUGGUGGUGACCCUGCUGAAGAAGGGGGCCAAGCUCGGCUACAGAACGUCACCUUACGAUCGAUCAGGGAACGCAGCUUGGGCCAUGGCUACUUCCAAGCCUGACAUCCUGAUCAUUCUGCUUCAGAAGCUGAUGGAGGAGGGAAACCUGCUUUACAAGAAAGGGAAGAUGAAGGAGGCAGCCCAGAGGUACCAGUACGCCCUGAGGAAGUUUCCUAGAGAGGGCUUUGGCGACGACCUGAAGGCAUUUAAAGACCUGAGGGUCUCGCUGUACCUCAAUCUCUCCCGCUGUCGCAGGAAAACCAAUGAUUUUGGGAUGGCUGAGGAGUUUGCCACAAAAGCCCUGGAGCUGAAACCCAGAUCCUACGAGGCCUACUACGCCCGAGCAAGAGCUAAAAGGAGCAGCAGGCAGUUCACCGCCGCCAUGGCUGACCUGCAUGAAGCAGCCAAGCUGUGCCCCAAUAACCGGGAAAUCCGCCGCUUGCUGGCUCGAGUGGAGGACGAGUGCAAGCAGAUGCAGCGCGCGCAGACCAAAGGAGGCCCCGGGGCGGCGGCGGCUUCCAGCCAGGCUACCGGAGGCCACGAGUCGGACCCGGAGCAAGACGACCCUUCAGAGCACAGCCUAGCCAGGAGCAUAGAAGGACCAAGAGACAUCCUGGAGGAGGAGGAGGAGGAAGAGGAGGAUGAGGAGGAGUCUGUGGCCUCGCUGCACGACAGAGCAGGCGGGGCCUGCUGGUCACAGAAGAGUUUUUCCUCCACCCGAGUCUUGCCCCCGGAGCCUGUCGUCAACAGUUCGGGGCACCAGAACCAGAGCCUCAGCCCCGGCUCGCCGCCGGGCCCCGGCAGGCUCCCCCCCCACCGCUACCCUCGGGAGCACCGGGAGGCGCUGGCCCAACAGGGGCUGGUGUUGCAGCCGACCAAGCAAGCCCAGAUUGUCAAGACCAACCAGCACAUGAGCUCAAUGCAGGUCGGGGGAGGAGCCGCGGGGGGCCGCGCGCCGGGGGCCAAAUCUCAGUACGCGCCCUCCAGCCCUUUGCCGAGCCGCCACAUGUCCAGCGCGCUGAAGCCGGGCCCGGGCAUCGACAUCAGCCUGCUGCCGUCCCCGGCCGACGAGCCCGUGUACGGGAACCGCGUGUCGCUGGCGGCGGCCUCCACGGGUCACAGUUGUGAGAAGGAGAACCUUCACUCCUCGCAGGUUGCUUACUCAUCGUGCAGCAGCUACAAGGCUCAGGGGCCAGAGAGGCUGUCUGUCCACUCGGCGUCCUCCCUGGACGGUUUGGCCUGUUCUGGUCCCGGACCGCAGGGGAGUCACGUGGAACCAGGGAAUGAAGCGAUGGGAUCACAGGGGGGAGGAGGAGGAGGAGGAGGCAGCAUGCGCGUGUCCAGUUCCACCAGCAGCCUCGCAUCCAGCAGCAGUCUGUCGGACAGCGGCAAGCUGGGACCCGAUGUCCGCACCAAGGUCUCUGACAAGACGAAGCACGGCCAGCAGGCGGCCGCCGCCGCCGCGGAGUACAAACCCAGGCCCUUCAUGGGCGUAACGGACAAGAAAGCACGCUUUCAUCAGCAGCUGCAGCUGCAGCAACAGCAGCUGCAGCAGCAGCACGGUGUGCAGAGCUACCCGGGCCUGCAGUCAGCGGGCCGCAGCUGGCUGAACCACUCGUCCGACGGCCUAGCGUGUCACAGCACGUCGGCGGGUGCCGAGGGCGAGCCGCCCUACGGCAAAACGGCGAGCACUUACCAGGAGCAGCGCAGGCCUCCGCCAUCUCCGGGUGCCAUGGCGAUGAGCGGCUUGCAGAACGGCAUGCACGCCAAGGAGUUCACGGAGAAGUUCUGCCAAGUCGCCAGCUGUUACAAGGAGUCCAAGCCGGCGAUGGCGAUGGCGAUGGGGCACCCGUUCAUGGACGGUAAAGCCAAGCCGCCCAACGCGGCGUCAAUGAAACCAAAGCGAUCGUUUAUAGAGUCCAACGUGUAGAGGUUUGUUUUAUCUUUCGUACCGUCCACAGCGCACACAAACAAAGCAAAGGGAGUUGUUUCAUUUUUAAAAACAUUUUUAAACCAGCCCCCGCACCCCCCAAGAAGUAGUCUGUUUUUUUUUAAGCCGUGUGAAGUACAGUCCGAAGGCGCGGCGUACCGAAUGCUCCCCGUUUGUUCUCCUCCCCGACGCCGUGACGACCGUCACUCAGCCGGAGACAUUGCACUGAAGGACGUGUUUGGACGUGGACGUGACAGUGAGCACUUUAUACAAAAUUAGGCCGCACAAGUGCUUUAACAUAUUCAGUGACAGCGUGGUGGUAUUACGGAACCAUUCAGGGGGGGAACCAACUGCGUCCAUCAGUAAAAGUCUAAAAGGACGAGCAUUCCUGUGUUUUACCAAGGAUGUUAUGGAUCCUCUAGUGUACAUUAUAUAAAUAAGUAUUUUUCCCGUCUUUUCUGUGAAGAUCUAUGUUAAGUGUAUUGACAAAUUGAGACUUGUUGUUCAAAAAGGUGUUAACGGUUAAAUUACAUUUGUUAAAUGUGUUUGUAUAUUAUAUAAAUCACCAUUAACAUUGGAUUGAAAUCCUUUCUGUAUCGGCUUGUUGUUGCUGUCUAGUUUAAUUUAUUUACAGCGCCAAUGGCUUCGUUAAUUGUUAAAGCAAUAUAUUUUAUAUAGUUAUUUUUGCACAGCUUAUGAUACAUCUGAAUGAUUCUCAAAAAACGUUUGACUGUAUGCUACAAAAAACAAAUCUAUAAAAACAGUAACGGUUUUGAGGCGCAGUGCCAUCAGUUCUAUUUUAAUAUGUACGUUAAAUGCAAUUGUUUCCAUGUUUUCAGUAUUGUGAGCUUUAUUAGCUGUGAUCAUACUGUAAUAGAACAUUACCGCCAUAGCCACCAUGGGAGAGAGAAAUAAAAACCUGCUGAGGAAAGAAACCAACAGGUCCACUGACUGUUAUUCUCAAGCUCACGUUUGCCCA